CACAGGUGCACUGGGUCUGAUCCUCCCUCAGCGCUCAGCUCGGGUUCACCCCACUGCGCCUGCGUCCCGCAGCACGCGAGACAAACAGAGUGGCUAUUGUUAGCCAGCAGGUUGUGUCAGAGUUGAUCCCGCAGCCUGCUCACCACCUACCUGUUGAAUAUUCACACCAUAGAUUUACAAGCGAGGGUCGAGUCACUGUCGAGGAACUAAAGUCCAAUCUGAACUACUGGCAGGUGAGCACAGUAAAGUGUUGACGGAGAGGAGGAAGGAAGACAUCGAGGAAAGGUUUGAGGAAACGAGGAAGUAAAUAAGGACGAGUCGACCGCUGGGCUUGGAACUCAUCAGGUUGGUUACUUCAAUGUUCUAGCAGCGGCUCGGACUUUUCACUUUCCACGUCGAAAAACGAAACAAGACGAAACAAAAUGCCUCUGGGACCAUGGAGGAAGAAAAAACAGUCGACGAAGGAGCAUUUAGUGGAGAACGAGGAGGUCGGUGGUGGACACGCAGGUGCCGGGAGCCUGGCUAAAUCUGCCGUGAACGGAGCGGGGCUCCCGCCUCCACCUGCCAACCUGCGGCCCAAACUGGUCUUCCACACGCAGCUGGCUCACGGAAGUCCCACAGGCAGGAUCGAGGGAUUCACCAACGUGAAGGAGUUGUAUGGGAAAAUAGCAGAAGCGUUUAAUAUAAGUCCACCUGAGAUCCUGUUCUGCACUCUCAACACCCACAAGAUUGACAUGGACAAGCUGCUGGGGGGCCAGAUCGGCCUAGAGGAUUUUAUCUUCGCCCACAUUAGAGGGAUCAAGAAGGAGGUGGAAGUUCACAAAACUGAGGAUGCUCUGGGCCUCACCAUCACAGACAACGGAGCGGGAUACGCUUUCAUCAAGCGCAUCAAAGAGGGCAGCGUGGUGGACGGAGUGAAGGUCAUCUGUGUGGGCGACCACGUGGAGUGCAUUAACGGGCGUAACAUCGUGGGGACGCGGCAUUAUGAGGUGGCCCGCAUGCUGAAAGAGCUGCCCAGAGACAAGUCCUUCACCCUCAAGCUGGUGGAGCCCAUGAAAGCCUUCGAAAUGCUUGAGCCCAGGUCAAAGGGUGCCAAACCAGCCGGUGACACCAAGAUCACUAACGGGAGGGGGACUCUGAGACUCCGUUCCAAGGGCCCGGCUACUGUAGAGGACGAGCCAACGGAGUUUGAGGAGAAGGCUGUGCAGAAAGUGGAUGACCUCCUGGAGAGCUACAUGGGCAUCAGAGACACUGAACUUGCUGCUACCAUGGUCGAGGUCGGCCGUGACAAGAAGAACCCAGAUGAAUUCGCCAUGGCGUUAGACGAGACCCUCGGAGACUUCGCCUUUCCCGAUGAGUUCGUAUUUGACGUCUGGGGGGCCAUCGGAGACGCAAAGCAGGGAAGAUUUUGAGUUGGCCUCUGACUCCCUCAUCCCAAAACUACACACACACACACACUCCUCUACUUCCCCCUCAUCUCACCUCUUCUUAUUCUCGAAAGCAAACUGGACAGUAUGAGUGAAUUAAUUCUUUUUCAGUGUGGCUUUACUCUGUGUGAAAGGUGAGGAAUGUCUUAAGCAUCAAAUUCACUCGCUGUGGUUUACAGAAGGAAUCUAAAAUGUCAGCGUUUCAGUGUAAUCGCAUAAAGACGUCCAUGAAACGUGGAAUGCAGUUUUCAACACGGACCUGUCUCCUGCAACCUCAGAGUUUGAGGAUUGAUCCCAGAUGUUGUUUAAACCUUUUGUACGCCCCCGUUGAGACGAGAUUGUGCGAUCUUAGGAGCUCUUGAUGCCGGUUGACUGUCAGAACAGAGUCUACACGGCUCUAUUUACUCUAGUAAUGAAAUGUUUUCUGCACAUCUCAAUUAUAAAACAAUCACUCCGUUUGAAUCUCACUUUAUAGCUGUGUCAUUUUAAAUAUACAGAUGUAUCACACAGCUUUUUAUAGUUUUUUAUAUGUGAAGUGUUGCUGAUUCUACAACAGCAACAUGGUGUAAUUAGUGUAAUUAUAGUGAUUGUAGCAAUAUAUCUCAUUCUUUUUCUUUCCCUCUGAACUUUUGAAAUGACCUGAGUGAAAACAUUGUUGUCACUUUACUUUGUCAUUUUCUCUGUGCCCUUAAACAUCUCAGCUUGAGCCUUUUGUCCUUCUGUCAGCGACAGAUCAUCCCAGAGAACAUUUUUCUUUAAAUGCCUUUAGACAAGUUUGAGGACAAGAGCAUUCCUUUUAGUUACUCCUGUUGUUAAAGUCUGUAAACACUGUAAACCUGUCAUUACUUCAGGCUUAUUUAGAGAUAUAUGCUUUUCUUUCUGUAAUUUAUUACGUUACGAAAAAUCAAAUGCUGUAACAGAUUUUUUACACUAAGUGGCCGAGUGAGAGACACAUCUUUCCUAAAGAAGCCGUUUCACAGGCUGCGUCUGGAAUGGGAUCAUUUGCAAUCCAAUGUCUUAAAUGAAUGCAUGCACAUUGAUGUAACUGCACUAUUUAAAUCACUGUCAAACUGCAUUUAAAUAGUGACCUGAUUCUUAUCAUGUACUGAAGCUGGCUGUUUGCAGCCGUUUCAUAUUGUUUGACAAACCAUAAGGGAUCACUAUUGUUGAAUAGACAAUAAAAUUUGAUAUACUGUUAUUA